AUGGCCCAAAUGAAGCAGACCAGCACUAUAUUGGAAAAUAAAGUGGCGGCACUGGAAGAUGCUAAAUGUCAGCGAAACCUCAGGAUAAGAGGGAUACCAGAGGCUGUGCAAGACCCUGAGGUCUCACACUACAUACGCAGAAUACUAGCCUCCCUGCUACUACCAGCUAAAGCAAAAUCCAUCUUGCUGGGGUUUCAUUUUCACAUACCUAAACCACCAAGAGCCCCAGCUGACAUCUCACGGGACCUACUUAUCCGCUUUCAAUCGCUCCGGGGCAAGCUACUAGUACAAGAAGCUGCCCAAGAAACUAACACAUAUGAGUUCGAAGGUUCUGAGCUAUCCUUCUAUAAUGACCUCUCCAGGACGACAGUCACAUGGCGACACUCCAUGAAAGAAGUUACCCAACUACGGAGAACCAAGGGGAUACAAUACAGAUGGGGACCAGGGCGCAGGCUCUCUGUCAGCAAUGAAGGCAAAAGGGUACACAUCACCCAAGCAAGUGACUUUGUAGCAUUUCUGCAAAGCCUUGGGAAUAUCCCAGGAGGCGACUACAAGCACUACCUCCGCAGCAAUGACACCAGCGACCACAUCCAGGAUAUGGGACGUCAAGAGAAUUCAACCCAUUUUCCCAAGAACGAGCGGUGCUGCAGGCACUUCUCAGCCGAAAACCUGAAUACCGCAAGUACAUUAUAA